CUUAGAAAAAUUUCCAAAUGAAAAUCAUGGGCUUCGACGAAGCCGCUUCGUACAUUUCUCAACAAACACAGGGAAGAAGGGGAAGUUUUCACUGUUCACUCUUCAAUCCUCUCUGAGAUAAUCUCUCAUCAGCCGCAGCACUAUCGUUGUUCCAUGCUUUAAAGCCAAGGUUGAGCAGACCGUGUGAUGCAUUUAGAGUGGGAUCCUGCAUCUGACAUGCUUCCUGCCCUUUGGGCCUACUGAUGGUUGCUGAGGCAGCAGGGUUGUGGAGAGCUUGUUAGUUAUGAAAAUUUACCGUGGAUGGCGCCGCCUUCUCCUCUGUCUGCCUCUUGUUUUCCUCCUCCCCCACUUAUCCUCAGUUUUUGAACUGCAUCAAAGCUCAAAUGUUGAAGAACUGCCCAAAAAACAUAAUAAGAAAUUUGAUCAUCUGGUUUUGGGGCCUGCUGCUGGUCAAGGUUUACCUAACCGCUUGCAAUGUCAAGGCCUCAAAGCUUUGCACAAGGCCCACUUUUCAUCCCCAUCUCAUAUUGCCACUUCUGGAGAGACUGUUUCUUUUGUCACCGUUUUUGCUGUCUACAACUACUCUUCCCAUUCAUAUGAUGACAAGUCAUCAAACUUGGUUACUGUUGGUAACGCUUCAUACGGUAAAGCAGAGAGAUCAAUGGCUAUUCUGCAUGUCUUCAUUAACUUCAUCCAGGUGUCUAUGCCCCAAAGCAAUGUAAUCAUUCUCACUGAUCCAGCUUCUGAACUUUCAGUGGGCAGAAAUAGUGUCACUGUAUUUCCAAUUCAAGGUGAAUAUUCACGAGACAAAUUGAUGCUUCAAAGAAUCAAAUCAUACAUUGCUUUUCUAGAAAGAAGGCUCAAGGAGUAUUCAGAGAGGCCAGAUCAUGUUAAUCAUUAUAUCUUUACGGAUUCUGAUGUGGCAGUGGUUGAUGAUCUUGAACCAAUUUUUCAGAAAAAUCAUAAAUUUCAUCUGGCUCUAACUUUUCGGAAUAACAAAAAUCAACCCUUAAAUUCAGGAUUUAUUGCAGUGAGAGGCACAACUGAUGGAAUUCUAAGGGCAAAGCUCUUUCUACAAAAAGUGCUAGAAAUUUACAGUUCCAAAUUCAUGAAAGCUUCCCGAAUGCUAGGAGACCAGUUAGCACUGGCUUGGUUUGUAAAGUCCCAUCCUUCGUUUGACGUAAAGAGGUUUACUAGACCACAAGCCUUUAUGGAUGAGAUCCAUGGAACAUCGGUGCUGUUUCUACCUUGUGCCUUGUACAAUUGGACCCCACCUGAGGGUGCAGGACAAUUUCAUGGCAUGCCCUUAGAUGUAAAGGUGGUUCAUUUCAAGGGAUCAAGGAAGAGGUUGAUGUUGGAGUCUUGGAACUUUUUCAGCUCCUCUGAUUCUAACAUUUCAGACAUGUUGUGCCUCGUCUUGAAGAGUGGAAGAACAAAGUAUGAUUUUUAAUUGAUAGGUUGAAGUGUACAGAUCAGAUUUCAGCCAGAAAAUUUCCAUGAAGGCCACAUUCUCAUUGCAGCGCUUGAUAAUGUCAAAGUAACAUCAGAAGCACGAAAAGUUCUCCUAGCUCAUUUCAUUCCAGAGAGGAUCAGGUGAUAAAUAUGCAAACAUCAAGGAUUCCUUCUGAUGCUAUUGUAAACCAGAUUCAGCCAAUUAUGGAGCUCUUUUAUUAACCCUUAAAUUUUGUGGAAUUCUUCUGUU